AUGUCAGAGAGUGUGGUGAGGAAAAUUCAACCUUUCACGAUCGGGACCAGGCUGUCUGUCCCCACCGCACCCAAAUGCCCCGAGCUGAUGGCCGCCUUCUUACCAAGCCAGGUGCUGGACACCUGUAAGGCAGGGACCAGCACCAACCAGGUGUCCUCUGGCACUGACUGUCCUCAGGUGCACGUCGCCCAGGUGGCUGAGGCGGAGAGCGUGCAGGAGGAGGUGCCCCUGGAUGAUGGUCUCAGCAGUGGAGCGCUACCACAAAGCAGUGCAUCGCGGGCCAUCAAGAAGAUACACAUCUCUGGCAGCACUAAACCCACUGGGGAUGUGGAUGUCCAGUCCAAGCACUGUCGUACAGCUGAGACCUCCGGCUCUGAGGACAGCUACGAGGGAGUCUGCAGCCUCCUACCCAAGAUCACAGAGGCCAGCUGUGAGAAUAGAUCUGAUUCCCCCCUUAAGGGUCUCCUUAGGAAGAAUGCCGACUCAGAGCCAGGGAAGAGUCAGAGUUCACCUGCUAGUGGAUUACGAUGUCUUGGCGAUAGAAUAACAUCCACCGAUCAGGGACUUUUGCUGAGAAGUCAAUCUCCCACCAGAGAGCUCCAGAACAGGAAUGACCCUGUCUGCAGUAAUACAGGAGUGGGCGUUAUGCAGAAUGAUUGUUCCAUCACUCAGCGUAACACCUUCUUCAACAGAGAGGUCCUCCAGGCAGAGCAGUGGAUUGAUGGGAAGCUGCAAGAUUUGAAAGAUGGUUAUAACACCUGCUGGGCCUCACUUCAGGACUGGGAAGAGGCAUCCCAGACCCUGCAGAGAGAUCUCAAGGACUUUGAGAAUACACUCAUACAACUCAAUCAGAUGGGGGAGCAGCUUGUGUGUGAGCAGAACCCCAACGCCGACCUGGUGAAGAAGCAGCUCGGUCAGCUCCGAGAUCACUGGCACGCCCUGAAGCAGGUGGCCACCAAGCAGGCCGAGCCAUUUGCGGGAGCCGGUAACCUACAUCAGGCCAACAGAAAAGUGAACAAGGUGGAGGUCUGGAUAAAGGAGAAGCAGGAAGAGCAGCAAAACCUGGCAGAGACCUGCAGGGAAAACACUGACAAAAUCCAGCUGACUAGAAGAAUCCUGGAUCUGGAACAGGAUGAAAAGAACGAUCUGGCACCGAAACUGGAGAAAUAUUGGAGAACUGAGAGCAAGAACAUCACUGGCAGCAGGAGAGAUGUCAGUGAGAUGUUCUUUGAGAUCCAGUCUCGUCUGAAAGAUUACCAUGAAAGUCUUCAGCUAGCCUUGGAGGUUUCCUCAUUUUACCAGCUAGCAGACAGCAUCAUUAAUGCCAUUACCAAUAAGAGCAAAAGCAUUUCUGUGACAAAUGACCAUGGAAGCAGUGGAGAUAAAGAAAUUAGAGACAUAGCCAGUCAAAUCACGAUGCUGGAUCUGUUUGUUUCCCGCUUGUCAAGCUUCCAUCCCACCCUGGCAGCCAGGCUGACCCACAAGCAGGGCGAGGUGAAGGGUAGCUGGACCCUCCUCCAGAGCCUCCUCAGCAGGAAGGAGGUUUCGGAUUCUCCCUCCAACACGCCUGCUCUAACCAGAGAAGAUGCUGGUCCGCUGAGCAUGUCCAGCGAGCCUCAGGCUGGCGUGGAGAACGAGGCCCUCAGGAUCUUGGGAAAGGAAGACAAAGAAGAACAGAACCGACUUAAAGGACAUGUGAGCGUAACAGACCUCGGGGGGGCUUGGAAGCCAGCAGAUGACCAGGGUGCGGGGCGGUUUUCAGAAAGCUCCGCCACAUCCACAGGAAAUUCGAACAGUAAUAUGGAUGAUGUCAUGGGAAGGAGCCAGAGAGAGCCGGAAAGGGAAAAACAGAUGACCAGUCCCAAGCUGUUCCUCCCAGAAGGCACAACAUCCACAGACAAGGAAGGGCAGCGUCAAAGACAAGAGCAGCACCCAGAAAGUACUAGGAUAGAAGGGUUCUUUGUUCAGUUGGAGCUGUUGUGGGAGGAGUUACAGAAGAACCGGGAAGGCCUGGUGGAAUACCAGGAUUUGGAGAAGCUCGACCAAAAGGUCAUCGAAGCUUUGAAAGACCUGAAUGACCUGGGUUGCUGCUUGCAGUCAGCGGACACUGCUUCAGUUCCCAGGGAUCCUGUGAGUGGAGCCAAACAGCAGAAACCCGUCCUUGAGGGGAAGAUGCCUUCGUGUGGCUCUGAGAUGAACCAGCCACCGAGUGAAGGACAUUUGUACACGCAGCAGCUGUGGACACGGUUGCUGACAGAGGAUGAGAAGUACCAAAGCACGCUGAGAACUCUAAAGCAGGAGAACCUUGAUCCAGAACAUUCAGACUGGCAGAUGGCCCUGGAGGAGAGCCGGGGUUUUCUGGAGAACGGUCAGGGCAAAGUUGAGCAGACCCUCCUCGUUUGGAUCAACCACAGCGUGUCCCAGUCCACCAUCCUCAGCAUGGACAUCUUGGAUGCAGAGAGGGACAUGUCCAUCGACCGGGAACCGGACUGUGCCCGGCUAGAGGUGCUGCAGGAGCAGCAGGACAAGCUGGAGACGGAUUAUGAGAGCAUCAGAGAGGAGUUGGUGAAAAUGGGGGUGCUGGCCGAGCGAUCCGAGGUCACGUGUCCUAGGAGUGACCAAGUCCUGGGGGAAGAGGUUAGGGCGACUCUGGAGGCCUGGGAGGAGCUGGACAGCAGCAUGGCGGAAAACCGGGGCCGUCUGCGGCAGCUGCGGCAGCUGCAGGAUUUCUUUUGCAAAUACCAAGCGAUGAUUUUGUGGCCCGAGUUCACACAGGGCUGUGUCUUCUCUGGGACUGUGGCGAGCUCUGGAGACGGGGGCUCGGAGCUGCAUAGGGAGCAGAAAUCCAGGCAGUUCCAGGACCUGGCUGCUGCAGGGCAGAAGCUCAUCGAUGAGGGACAUCAUCUAACAGAGAUGCAGAUCCAGGAACGGACGUGGGAGCUCCGGACCAUGCUAGAUUGGGUCCGAGGGCACUGGAGUCACAGGAAGCAGAACUCUGAACCCGGAGGCAAGGCAACAUCAGAGAAAAAGCCAAUUCAGUCAGAGCCCCACCCUGCAUCAGAGACGUCCAUCUCUUCACAUCCCCCCGGUGGCUGUCAUGUUCUUCUGGGAGCUGACAGCUGUGAUGAGGGGUUGAAUAAACCGUGUUCUGAGCCCGAGUCCAAAUCUGCACCCACCAACCAGGAGUCACCAAAUACAAGCCCUCUCCAGAGAGAGACUCCCAAGUCUCCUGUCUUUGUCCUGACUGAACCCACAGCUCCUUCUCUGGGUGGCACCGUGAACCUGGUCCUCAGCUUUGGGGAGUCAGGGGGAGGCCAACUGCAGGUGCACGACGUCCCAGAGGAAGCGGCUGCCUCCGAACCCAAACACAGGGUGAGUGCCUAUUUGCAUGUCAAGGAGAAGCAAGCCUCAGAUCUUCUGCUUGUGACUGGCCCUCCGACCCACAUCGUUAGCAAAGCCCAGGUAUCCAUCUGUCCUCCUGCCACCACCUGCUCCCAGGAAGUAAGCAUCACACCCUUCCAAGAUACAACUAGGUGUGUCUCCAGCUCCACCUUCAGCACGUUGAAGAGCAAGAGUGAGAAGAGGAAAAAGAGAUCCCACAGACACACCAUGCGGAGUAUGAUGGGAGUGGAUCCGGAAGACCUGGAUCUAGUUCACAGUUGCCCCAUCUAUAGCAGCCAUACCUGGCCACUUGAUACAAGGAAAAAGAAAAUACCAAAAGCUAGGCUUGCUAACACAGAUUGUUUGCCCUAUCUUAAAAACCCAGUCGCAAAGGACAUUGUUACAAAGCAUAAAGGGGAUUGUUUUGCUUCAAAUGGAAAAAUCCCCAGCGAGUGUGACAAGAAUCAAUACAAAUAUCUCCCUCUUGGCUCAACUUUGACCUUUGACCUUCCAAAGGACUUGGGCCACAUUCCCAGCAUUCCAGCUGUCAUCACCAUAGACCUGCCAGAGACAAAUGGCAAGAACGUCUUCAGUAGCAACGUGGGCCAGAAUUUGAAUACAGACAGGCACGAAGGAUUAAGCACUUUCGAAAUGACACACUCACCAUCAGAGCUCAAAAGAGAGGAAUCCAAAUCUGACAAAAUCACCGAACAAAAGCAAAUGCCCUGCAAAAAAGACUCGUGUGAAGGUCCCGAGUCACAAAAUUGUGAUUUGAACCUAGCUUCAUGUCUGCCCCCAUGUGAACCCCUACCUGAACAAGAACACACUACCGAGGACCAUCUCUGCUGCACUUCACAGAGUGACACAUCAGACAAACUCAGUCGUCUCUCUGGCUUUAAUAGUCCGUUUGAGGAAGUAAAGCAUAAUAAGCAUAGAUCGUUGCCCUUGGGACUCUCUAGUACAAAGCUAAACAAUAACAGUCAUAGCCCCCAUGUGCAAAAUCAGGAUAACCAGUGUAACAACAAAGCCCAUGAGCACACGUCAAACUUAUUCAAAGUCAAACACGUAUGUCCAAGUGUUCACACCAAAAUCCGGGACUUGAACGGACAUAUAUACCAUUCUCCUGCUAUGUGGCUAAGAGGUCAGGUGAGCUGCUCAGCUGCUAGCUUAACUGCUAGCUCACCUGCUUCAAUGUCGCUCAAGACGUCUACCACCAAGAAGGAGGAUUCAGCUGACUUUGGCCAACAUGUGAAGUUCACUGCUGGGAAAGUUGUAGGUGGUCCUGUUCCAAAGGCAACAGGAGAGGUGGUGGGGUCACUGGAGAAGGAAGUCACUACUGUUCGUAAAAAAGACAAUUGCAAUUCCUCUGAAUCGGGAAAUGGUGUUGUGCUGGGCGCCAUUCAUCCAGAUCAUGGACAGUUCGAAGAGGAAGAGGCGGAGCUAAAGGACAUCUGGAACCGAAUCAAUGGCUACAAAACCUGCCAGGGUGUCCACGAGAAGCUGGCCCCCGCUCCUACCACACAGUCAAGAAAGCUCACCCCCCCAGACCAGGACAAGCUCUCCAGGAAACCGGUUAAUGUGUCUACACACAACCUCCUGGUGGCAGAGUUUAAGCUGCCAGCUUCUAUACAGAACCGUCUGGGCUACAACAAAGAGCAGAACCCAGGGCAGGAAAACCUCAUGCAGAGAGAAAAGGCAUCGUGGCAAAGUCCUCCCUUAAAUCAGCAGCAGGGACAACACACAAUACUGACAAACCAGACAGCUCUCAGUCUAGGAACAUCUCCCAGCACAGACUGCCGUAGUACAUCAUGGAAGUCGGAAGAAGCCAUAGGAGAAAAUAAAAUCAACAACAUUAGCUACUCUUCAAUGAAUGAGGAGGUCCAUUCAAUGGAUGGGGUUUUGGAAAUGAUGCAUCACUCAGAGACUGCAGGAAAGGCCACCUGGACCACGUUCCACACCCUGCUGCUGAAAGAGUCGCUGUAUUUUUACCGGCACAAGAAGGACAUUCCGGAGAGCUCAGCACCUGAGCUGACCCUUGACCUCACCGAUGCUGAGUGCAGCACUUGCCCGGAGUGUACAGGGAGAUCAAACUCUUUCUGUCUGAGACUGGGAAAUGGGUCCAGGCACCACCUCAGUGCCUCUUCGCCGUUUUUGAUGAUGAAAUGGAUGCUGAAGAUCCAGGCUAUUUCAGCCGAAGGUCGGAAGAAAACUCAGAAUUCCCUUUCAUCAUUUGCGAAGGACCUCUCCCUCUCCAUGGAAGCCACCCCAAGCAGCCAAACCACGUGCCACUGCAUCCCGGGGACUGACGGCAUUUCCUCUUCCACUAAACACAAUGGAACAUGCAGUGCCAGCGCCGCAGAGUUGGGUGUCAUGGCAAGCGAGAAGCCUCUGAACCCGCAGGGGGAUUGUGGGGACAUGAGGACCACGGCCUCACGUCCAGACCCAGGAAGCACUGACCAGUGCCAUUCCUUGACCGGGGAUUCGAACCCUGGGCCGGCUCACUCCUACCUCUCUUCCAGCCAAGGCUGCCCCGCCAGGUCGUGCCCCUCACAUUGCUUUACCUCAGCCACCUAUCAGAAGAUCACACCUGUUGCCCCUCCCUGUGGGCCGUCUGUGGGCAGUUCCAGCUACUCUGUGACUUUGCUCAUUGGAGAGCAGCCCCCCGAGGCCGCUGGUCCGGGGGCCCAGUCGCUAUGCCCCGCUGGCCAGCGGCAGGAGCCCUCCCUGGACGCCCGUCUCGCGAGGAGCAGCGCGAGUCUUCCGGAGCAACAGGAGUGUCACCAGUAGUGAUAAUGUUGGUGUGGAUUUACCUCACUGGGGACGGCAGUGUUGUCUCAAAGGCUGGCUUGUGUGCCUGGGUGCAGAGCAUAUUGCAGUAGGCCUAUACUUUUUCACUAAACCCAGUGUGGGACCAGUACAGGCAUUUGACAGUACCUUGGGGGCUAUUGCAGCAUACUCAUUCGGAUCAUCAAAUGGAAGAAUCCGUUAUUAAAAAGGGCCAUUGUGUGCAUGAGCUGUGCAACAUACGGCCAAAAGUAUGGACUCCAGCGUGUCAUUUCAUUCCGGAACCAAGGCUAUUAAUAUGAAUUUGUCUCCCCAUUGUUGCUAUAAUAGCUUCUGUUCUUCUGGGACGGCUUUCCAUUAGAUGUUGGAACAUUGCUGGUGGGAUCUGCCGCCAUUCAGGUUGACUAUUGAUGUUGGGUGAUCAGCUCCCUUUCUGUAAGCUUGUCUGGCCAUAAUACUUCGCAACUGAACAUGCUCCCAGACGUUUGGACCUUCUCAGUCACCUCACUUGUGGUUGACCAAGACAGACAUGUGGCAAAGUGACUUGUUGGAAAGACGGAGUCAUAGUGCCAAGUGGAACAUCACUAACAUCUUUUAUCCAACCACCCAUUCUGCUGCUGAUGUAUAUUACAGGAUGUUGCAUGACUGUGUGCUUCAUUAUACAUCUGGAUCAGCAAUGGGUUUGGCUUAAUUAUGCAAUUCCUCUAAUUAAUAGGGGUGUCCACAUACUUUUAGCCAUAAAGUGUAUGCACCAAAAGAUGUUUACCAUUUUCUGAUCAUAUUUAAUAUUUGUCAAAGAUUCACCAAAUACUCUUUGUUAUUGCGUUUCCUCUGCUACGUUUGAAGAUGAUGGUAAAGAAACCAAUUUAUUCAGUAAUAUGUGUUGGUGUGGUGUGUGGUGAUAAUCUUAGAUUCUGUAAUAGAUAAAGGUUACUACAGAAGUUGGGUUGUCUGGUCAGCAACCAGAAAUACACUUUGGAUGUAAUUGCCUUAACUUUGCCUUUUGUGUAUUUAACUGAAAUUCAUAUUCUAACAGGUUUAAAUUCACACAGGUUUGGGUACUUAUGUGGUUGGAAACUGCUUGCCUUGAUUGGGAACCAAAAAAUUUCAUGAAAUAAAAAGUCAACUUUA